AUGCAGCCGGUACUGCACUGCAGCUGGCCAGCUGCCUUGAAACCAGGUCUCAAGGCCGUGAGUCUUCCUACCACACCGCUGGCCCAAGCUUUGCCCGGGAGAUCGACGGAUUUCAGGGCGAAAGCGGACGCAACCUCCUCAACAACCUGGCGGUGGUGUGUGGCGGGAGGAGCGGCUUUGGCUCUGGCGAGGCCUCGCAAAACCUCCAGUCGAGCUCGCGGGAUCAUUUCCAGAAAGUCCACGCAAACGACGGAGAUUGAAUGGCGUGGUCACCGCGUGCGCUGCACUACCUGUGAGAGUCCCCGCGACGAGCGCCCUCACAUCGUUCUUGUGCACGGAUUCGGUGGGUCCAUCGAAUACUGGCGGCGAACUUUGCCAGCUCUCUCGGCCGCUGGCUACACGGCACACGCCAUGGACCUGUUGGGGUUAGGACUCUCUGAGAAGCCCAGUCUUCCCUACAGCAUCGAAUUGUGGGCAGAGCAGGUCGCUGACUUCUGUGAGCAGUUGGAUGGCGGUUCCAACCCGGAUGUCGUUCUGGUUGGGAACUCCUUUGGCAGCUUGAUUUCUCUGGUGGCUGCUCAGAAGACGACCCGAACGAGAGGGAUCGUGAUGCUGAACUGUGCGGUCGGCAUGAACAACAAGAACAUGCUCAAAUCGCCCAGCAUGGGCGGACUGCAAAAGUGGUUUGCCGGGCUUGUGCUUGGCCUCGUGGACGCCAUUUUCAAGUCCCCGAUCUUAGACUUUCUCUUCGAGAGGUUUGCGACGGCCGACAACGUGGGUCCCGUUCUCGAAAACCUAUACCCGACGAACCCAGCGGCAGUGGACGCUGAGAUCGUUAGCAGCUUUGUGAAGCCGGCUGAGACCCCAGGGGCCCUGGAGGUCCUGCGCCAGAUUUACACAGGAGACCCGGGGCCGACUCCGAUGGAGGUCACGGAGGCUCCCUGCUUCGCGUCUCUGCCCAUGAAGGUAAUAUGGGGCAGCCAAGACACCUUGACGCCAAUCACUGGGGCUGUGGGUGCAUACUUCACCCGUUUAGCCAAGGAGCGCGACAAUGUGGACUUCGAGAUCAUCCCAGCAGGGCACAUUCCUCACGAUGAGAACCCGGAGGCGGUGAACAAGGCUCUUCUCGAGUGGCUCGACACGAAGCCUUGGCAGUGA